AUGUCUUCAGCAACAAACCUAGUCGAGUCGGCCAAGAAAUUGGCCGCCUACCAGGCAGUCAAUGACCACCUCGAUGCUUCUUACAAGUUCGUCGGCAUUGGUUCUGGCAGUACUGUUGUCUACGUUGUCGACGCCAUUGUCAGCAAGGGUCCUGAGUUCUACAAGGGAAUGACCUUUAUUCCUACUGGAAGCCAGUCAAAGGGUCUCAUUCGUGCUGCUGGUCUCAACCUUGUCAAUCUUGAUGAGAGACCAGUCGUGGAUGGGCUUCCUGUUCCUCUUGAUGUUGCCUUCGACGGUGCUGACGAAGUUGACGAGGAUCUCAACCUUAUCAAGGGUGGUGGUGCUUGUCUGUUCCAGGAGAAACUGGUAGCAAUUGCUGCUAAGAAGUUCAUUGCCGUCGCUGAUUACCGAAAGCAAUCUCCUAGAUUAUGUACCACCUGGAAGACCAUUCCCAUUGAAGUCCUUCCCCUAUCUGCUCCUGAUGUUUUGACCCGUCUUCGAGCAAUGGGCUCAGCCAACCCUGUUGUCCGUUCAGGUCUCCCUAGCAAAGCUGGAGAAUGUGUGACAGACAACGGUAUGUGGCUUAUCGAUGCCCCAUUUUCUCCCUUGCUUCUUCCCAAGGACAUCAAGUCGGAAGGGGAUGGUCGUGGAAAGGACGGUGCCUGGGAAGUUAAUGCGCUCGCCGAGGAAUUGGUCCGCACCCCUGGCAUCGUUGAAAUUGGACUGUUCCACGGCUUCAACGGCAGUGAAGCCGUGAAGUUGGGCAAGCAACUUCAAGCACAGAAGCCAAUUGCUGCUUAUUUCGGCCUCGCCAAUGGUGAGGUGCAAGUCCAAAAUGCAGCUUGA